AUGAAGGAUCCUGAUCUUGCGCGCCUGUUCGAGAACGCCUUUCCUUCGACUACAGACACAACCGUCAAAUUCCAUACCAGCGGGUCGACAGACGGCAAGAAGAAGGUCAAGACGAGUCCGUACGAUGAGGGAAAGUGGGAGGGGCCUCAUUCGUUUGUUAUCACUGGUACUUCUCUCGCAGAACUGGUGCCCAUACUCCCAGAACUGUGGCUGACUGUUGCUUUCACAGGAGAUAUCAUUGCCGAAUGGCUUCGCGACUCUACGAACCAGCUUUCACCCUACCAAGCUCUUGCUAAGAAAGACCCCAAGAUACACCAGUUGAUUAUGGGGGCCAUCAACACGCAGUCCGAAUAUGUCAUCGAGUCUCCGUACUGCAACGCGUUCCAACCACCGCCUAUCAGUGGUCUUUCCAUCUCUCAUAACGGACAAGACGACAUGGUCCACCCCGUAUACGAACCCUCAUUUGUCUUCGAAUGCAAGUACGAGCUGGACUCAUUGGCACAUUUCCUCGCGUUGUCGAACGACUUCCAUGAUCACACUGGGGCGACCGAGUACAUGACGCCGCGGUGGUUUCUUGCGUUGGAGACGCUGUUGAACGUGCUUGAACAACAAUCCCAGUCCACCUUUGACCCCGAGACUGGUCGAUACCGUCGGAACGAGUACACCUUCAGCCGCUCAACCAACACUGGGACGGAAACACUGAACCUCAAUGGCGUAGGCAAUCCCUUGAACAACGGUACAGGUCUUGUGCGAUCUGCGUUUAGACCGUCAGACGAUGCUACAAUUCUGGGUUUAUUCAUUCCGGCCAAUGCGAUGAUGGCCGUCGAGUUGAAGCGGACAGCACAAGCUCUGAAAGACGCCCACAAGGAUGUUUUGGCGCAAACCAUCGAGAAAUGGAGCCAGACAAUUACAGAUGGCAUCUGGGAACAUGGCGUCGUUCGUCAUGGUAUCUUUGGCAACGUCUUUGCCUAUGAAGUCGACGGUUACGGCUCCUCCAUCCUGAUGGAUGACGCAAACUACCCGUCACUGCUUGCGUUGCCUCUCAUGGGGUUUGUGAAAGCCGACGACGAAACAUAUCAGAAUACGCGGCGGAUGCUACUUAGCAAGCAGACGAAUCCAUACUACCUAAGCGGAAGAGAAUUCCAUGGCAUUGGAGGCCCUCAUAUCGGUCUCACCAAUGCAUGGCCAAUGAGUCUCUUGAUUCAAGCACAGACUUCGGACGACGAUACUGAAAUAGCCGAGUGUUUGCAGCUGGUACUCAGCUCCAGCAAACUCGGCCUCAUCCACGAGUCUGUGGAUGUCAACAUGAUGCAUUCUUAUACAAGAAGCUGGUUUGCUUGGGCAAACGGAGUGUUUGCAGAAACCAUACUGGACAUUGCAAAGCGAAAGCCGCAUCUGAUAUUCAAAGAACCAGCAUCGCCUUAUGAAAUCUGA